AUGCUUAUUGCCAUUGUGACAGAAAGUGAGAUACAUAAGGCCUUGAAAAAAAUCAGUGAUAUCACUGCUCCUGGGAGUGAUGGUUGUGGGGCCAAAUUAUUUAAGGCCACAUGGAAUAUAGUCAAAUCUAAUAUAUUAAAGGCAGUGCAUGAUUUCUUUGAGAAUGGGAUAUUAUACAAAGCAGUGAAUAACACUUUGGUGACCAUUAUCCCUAAACAUUCUACAACUUGUCAGCAUAUACAAGACCACAUUAUGCUUGCCUAUGAGUUGAUUAGGGCGUAUAAUGCUAAGAAUGGACCUCCUAGGUGUAUUCUCCAAAUGGAUAUAAAGAAGGCCUAUGACAGUGUGAAGUGGAUAGAAAUGGAAGAUAUCAUGGCUGAGCUUAGCUUCCCCAACAAGUUCAUCAGGUGGACCAUGAAUAUGGUAAAGACUGUCUCAUGCAGGUAUAAAAUGAACAAUUGUGUAUUUGAUAAUCUGCAAGCUAAAAGAGUCUUGAGACAAGCUAUACUAGCUGCAAGUUGUAGACAUUAG